GGGGCGGGCCGGGCCGGGCCGGUGCUGGCUGGGCCGGGGGGCGAGCCUGCCGCAGGACGAGCUGCCGGCGCUGGCCCGGCGUCCCCACCCGGGGCCGGAACGGCCUGCUUCGGGAUGAGUUAAGAGAAACAAUCAAGAGUUCUGCAGAUCCCGGUUGGUUUGACGGGUUCUGGCCGGCCACCGGCUCCGGCACAGCUGUCUGCGGUGCUGCAGCAGCCUCAGCCCCGGGUUUACCCUUGGAAACCCACCAAAGGCUUCCACUGCCCGCCAGGUGACCGGUAGUACCAAAUCUUUGUCAGGCAGUAAGAGGCAUGUUUGGGAUUUGUUAGUGAAAGCAAAGUUCAGAUGUAGAGUCUAAACAACUUCUGGGUGUCUCUCUGAAACGUUUCUUAUUUCUCCACAUAAUUCUCCUGAUGGAAGACCAGCUGGGGUUCCCUUUCUGCUGUUCAUGCUGAAUAGUUGCUUGGUGAAUGAGCAAAGAUACACUUGGUGAUGGUUCAAAUGUGGGAAUUGCCCCAGAUGUGGUUGCUUCUGAUGCUGCCCUGGGAAAAUGCCUUGAUAGGGAAUUAACACCGUUCAGUGAUGGGCUGUGGGACAAGCAAGGUGCUUCCCGAGCCCCCCAAAGAUGUGCAGCUAGACCUGGUUAAAAAAAUUGAACCUUACACAGGCCACAAUGACAUAUACAAGCAUUUCAUCAAAGAUGACUGUGGGACUGUCAUCAAAGCUGGCUCUCCCUCACCUCCACAUUACGCUAACCCGUAUUCUGGGAACCACCUGCCUGCCCACGUGGACCAGCCUGAGCCCCGCAAGAACAAAGUGGCUAAGUACCGCGCCAAAUUUGAUCCCAGAGUGACAGCCAAGUAUGACAUCAAAGCUCUUAUUGGGAGAGGGAGUUUUAGUCGUGUUGUACGGGUGGAACACAAGGCUACCAAGCAGCCCUAUGCAAUCAAGAUGAUAGAGACCAAAUAUCGGGAGGGGAGGGAAGUGUGUGAGUCGGAGCUUAGUGUGCUAAGGCGGGUUCGCCACACCAAUAUCAUCCAGCUUAUUGAGGUGUUUGAGACCCAGGACCGUGUGUACAUGGUGAUGGAAUUGGCAACUGGAGGGGAACUGUUUGAUCGCAUCAUUGCUAAAGGUUCCUUCACAGAGAGGGAUGCUACGCGUGUGCUGCAGAUGGUGUUAGAUGGUGUGAGGUAUUUGCAUACACUGGGUAUCACACACCGGGACUUAAAACCAGAGAAUCUGCUGUACUACCAUCCAGGAACAGAUUCCAAAAUCAUGAUUACGGACUUUGGACUGGCAAGUGCUCGAAAGAAGGGAGAUGACUGCCUGAUGAAAACCACGUGUGGGACCCCGGAGUACAUUGCUCCAGAGAUCCUGGUCAGGAAGCCGUACACAAACUCUGUGGACAUGUGGGCGCUGGGUGUUAUCUCGUACAUUCUCCUGAGUGGCACUAUGCCCUUUGAAGAUGACAACCGCACCCGCUUGUAUCGGCAGAUCCUGAAAGGAAAAUACAGUUACUCAGGCGAGCCCUGGCCCAGUGUGUCCAACCUGGCCAAGGAUUUCAUUGACCGUCUGCUCACGGUGGACCCCAGUGACAGGAUGACAGCCCUUCAGGCCCUGAAGCACCCCUGGGUGGUCAGCAUGGCAGCAUCAUCAUCCAUGAAGAAUCUACACCGCUCCAUCUCACAAAACCUUCUCAAGAGGGCAUCUUCCCGCUGCCAGAGCACCAAAUCCGCACAGUCCACCCGCUCCAGCCGCUCCACCAAAUCCAACAAAUCACGGCGGGUUCGGGAGCGGGAGCUGCGGGAGCUCAACCUGCGCUACCAGCAGCAGUACACUGGCUGAACACUGGGCCGGGACCUGCCAGGCGUCUUUUCAGAUGUCUUCUCUGUGGUGUAGGUGUGCAGCAUCCUUUGCUGUGCACACUCUCAGUGAGGAACAUCCAGGUUCCUCCCUCCCUCCCUCCAGGUGCCCCCUGUAUCCAUGAGGAGGUGUCCCCCUGUGCAGAGGAAAGGGAACCUCAUGGUGGCCAUCCCACCCUGUGAGCUUGCCACAGGGUCUUGUGCCAGAAACAGGGGCACAGCUCAGAGCCUCAAGUAAUACACAAAUCAAGGAGCCACGUGGGGAGAAGAGCUCUUUCUGUAGCCCAGGAGCUUGGUUGUUCACAGUUAUUUAUUAAUUCCAGAGCGCUAUAUUUCUCUCACUUGCAAACAAAAAAAAAUCACUUUAUGUGUAUGUACAUGCAUGUGUGUGUGCACAUACACGUGUGUGAGGGUGUGUAUAUGUAUUUAAAAGUUGUAUAUACACAAAUUUUGAGCUGCUUUAGUCAGACUCUGUGGUGCCUUUGCAGUGAAGCUGGUAUGAGUCACAAACAGUUAGGAGUAGGAUAGCUCUGACUCACCGGCGUGCUGCCCACCAGUUCCUCGCUGAAGUGAUGCCAGGCAGCAGUUUUCCAUGAUGGCUGGGAAGCUGCGAGGCUUCCCCCAAGGGCUGCCACCCGCCUGGUGACAUCAAGGGCUACUCAAGCUGUGCGAGAGCCGUCAUGCAAAUUGGCAGCCAUGCUGCAGUACUGUGAGCUCGGAGCUGUAGUCCAGUUCCUUUGAGUGCUCCUGAGGGAGGGGUGGGAGGAGGAUUAUUGUCCUGCAGGAACUUCACGCUAUGCAGAGAGAUGUCUUUGGCGGGGCAGGUUUUUCAGGGGUUCCUUGCUGUCCCUCUUGAAUUAUCCUUCCCUUAUUUGUAGCAAGACCCGUGCUUCCCGUGCAGGGUUUGUUCUUGCUGUGCCGCACGGCCCUGUCAUGCCUGUGACCUGUUACAUGUCCUGUGCCCUUCAGACUAGCAAUACCGACCACAUCACUUCACCAGAACUUCAGUGGUUCCAGGUAUUGUUCCCGGUCUGCAGAUUUUACAGGGCUCCCCUGCUUUGCAUGCCGGCUCUGCCCCAGUGCCACCAUCCCUGUUCUGGGACAGCGAAGUGGUGGUGGGAGCAGUUGGGGUGGCUGCAGACGGCUCCAUAGCGUCAGGGUGUCAGGGUCGGGGCUUGAGUAGUGGAGGUGCAAUCCUAGAGUGUCAGCAGUGUCAGUACCCUGGAGACGUUGCACAGACACCUUAGAGCUGUUAGGUGUGCCUUAGAUUCAACAGGAGAAAGCUGCCUUUCGGGUUUCUUUGUGCUGGAUGGUGCCGUGGGGGCUUCUUGUAAAGGGGCUUCCCAGGGGAGGUGAGGGCUCUAGAGCCGGGCUUUAUGCAAGCCUGCUGAGAUACCUUCCCAACUAGUCAGAGCCAUAAAGCGGGGCUGGUGGCACAGUCUCAGGGUGGGCUCAGCCUCUUGUGCCAGCAGAGACAAGAGCUGCAGUGAAGGAGAACGCUGGUUCUUGAAACUUCAUAUGAAGCCAUAUGGUUUGCUUCAUGCUGUGUGCUUGGAAAGCGCUUGCUUAGCUCUGGGCUAGAGGUGAAGGCUGUGCAAGCUCAAGGGGCUGGCGAGCAUGGCCUUUCCAUCCAGGAUUGAUGUCUCUGCUGCUGUGGUUUAGUGUCAGCAAGGUUUUAAGUGGUUGGUCACAUCUCCAGGGAGCUCUAACUGCACUAGCCACAGCCACUUCUGGUCAGCAAACAGCAGAGCAGUGCUGCUUCAGGGGGAGAAGACUUGAGUUUUCUGUGCUAAGAGAAAAAAAAGAAUUUCUAGGGAUGUGCUUCCCAGCCCAAAGCAGGGAUGGGCUAUAACCACCAAGAGCACAGCCUGGGGCGCCCAAGCGUGUGAUAGGGAAUACAGCAGAGGAAACCUGUGGACAGGCAGUGUAUGUAGCAGGGGUGAAUUCUAAAUCCUUUGCGUCAUUGCAUAUUAUUUUGAAAACUGCAUUCUUUUCAGGCUGCCCUUCCUCAAGUGGCCAUCCUACUAUGUCACACACAGUCUUUCUUCCAUCAGCAUUAAAGAUCACAACAGAAUUACUAAAAACUGGGUUUUUUCAACUCUGUGGACUGCAAAAGAAGUUUCUUCAGCUUCUUUUACCUUCUCCUGUAGUUUUCCCUGGUUUGUUACCAUGAACUAUAAACUAGAUGUGAUUUCUGACAAAAGAGGCAGCUUGCCACAUUUGCUGCGUAAACAGUUCAGUGCCCCUCAUAUUACUGCAAACAGCUCUCCAAAAGCAACAACUACUCUAAGAGAAAUAUCAACUGGAAAAUUGUUCUUAGCUUGUACAUUAAGAGAUGGCAGGAUGCUCUCUGAGGGAUUCUGGUUUUGAGCCAUUACUCAAAGUGUCUUCUACAUGUUUGGAGCAUCACACCCAGGCACUGUGAUCUCUUACCUCCUGGAUGCUUUCAUGGCCCACCCCAGAUUAUCUUGCCUGUUUAUCCUUAAAACAGGUAUUUUUCCCAUUCGAGGACAUCAAACUGAUGAACUGAGCCAAGACCUCUUGAACCUGAGACUUCCCUUUAACCACUAGACCAUCAAAAUGCACAGGCGUUGUGCAGGUGUCUACCCAAGCUGUUCCCUCCUGCAUUCUCUUGGGGGGUGGGGGAUAAAUGAAGGUGGAGAGGAGGUCAGGAUGCUGAGCUCUGGUCUGACCAGGCUGGUUUCUCCACCUUUACAAGGCAGAACAGGAAUCCUCUCAUCUGUGACAAUUUUUGCUUUGUUGCUCUUUUCAGCAAUUGGUUUUUCACCAGUAAAAGUUGGGAGCGAUGUCAUUCGUGGUGAGUUUGGGGUGAAAUAUAUUUUGGGAAGCGAGAUGUUGCUAUAUAGGUUCCAGCCAGCGUCAGGUUUUUGUGAUGACACUGGCUGGGAAGUAAUUUGGCACUUACCUACAUGAGUGAUGCUGGAGAGCUGCAGCUUGCCCCUUUGUGGUGUGGAGAGUCUGUGGUCUUCAGGCAUCCUGCUGCUAGGGAACUGCACCAAAGAGGACCGAGUCCAUCCCAUAAGGGGCUUUGGGUUUUCUAGAAAAAGAACUCUAGUUCUCUUCACAAAUGCAAUGUUUUUUUAUUGGCAUGGAAAAAUCAGUGUAAACAUGGGGAAAGUCUUUAUGGGCUGUCCUUCCAUCGUUUGGUUAUAGCACUCUUGGCUCAAUCGCUCUUCUUUUUCUAAAUUCAGUAUUUGCAGGAACUGUUACACCCAGACAAUAACGUGUGGGCAGAGGAGAGAUGAGCAGAGCUCCGUCCAGAUGUCCCUCCCUUGGAGUCAUCGGUGAUCUUUCUGUUUUCACUCUGUCUGGAAGACUGUGAUGGUCCAACUGCUGUGUUGCAAGGUCAGCUUAAGAACAGUUCCUGGGGUGCUUUUUAUGCUUGCAAUUGUGGCACCUUUGCAGCUGGGUCUGGGGUGUCUGGGGACAGGCAAAGUGCUGUAAUUUUGAGCCAUAGUUAGGUGCCUUCAAUGUGUCCUCUAAGAAGCUCUUCACUGUGAAUUAUCUUGAUCAUCUGUCUUCAUAUAUGUUCCACAGGAGCCUCUCAGUGCUUGAUCUGUCUUAAGUCUCAGGAGUUUACAUUUUUCAGGAGCGCCUUGUUUGGGGAUUUUGGAAGUGAAAAUGUCUGAAAUGUUUUUUCUGCUCUUUCAUUUAAUUUUUAAAAUCUCCUUCUUUGGCUUUUAACUGGUAAUUCUUUAUUUGGCUCACAGGGUUUUUUGGAAGACUUUCUCUGGUACUGAAUUAGCCAGGAGAACACAGGUAACAAAUGCCUGUUCCAGGGUUCGCUGAGCUGCAGACUUUUUAUUAGCUGAGGUGCAAAUCUCAGGGCGCUUUUGUUUUCCGUACUUUUGUUCAUGCAAUGAAAAUGAAGUUGGAAUGACACCUAGUGGCAAGUUGUAGGUGUCCUUGUUCAAGUACAGCCCUAGUUAUGUUCCCACUUUCUGGGUGAGAUGUUCUUACAAAGAGGAAUCUGGUUUUGAUGUACUGAGUGAUGGUCUUGGAGCACACCUGCAAUCCCUCCAAUCCCAGGUGUUCAGCGUGGCACCAUUUUCUCCUGUACUCAUCCUGAAGAGCAGCAUUUUAGCCCACAAAGGGAUGAGCGUGAUUCCGCAGGCACUCGCUGGAAGGGAUGCUGAUUGCUGGGGAAAAGACGCAUGCAGUCAGCCCCCGGUGUCUCAGUGAGAUGCUCGCCAGCACCCUGCCUUGGGGAGGCGUCUUAAGGGACACGAGGAGAAAGCAAAGCCUAAAGAUGCCAAGGCUGGAAUUGGUAGGUUUGGGAUUUUAUCCCAGCGUGAGACACAAUGGUGCAGCUCAAGGUGUUGCUUCCUGGCGUGUUCUGUUUCAAGGAAAUGCAUUUUUGAGGAGUAAAGGGAAUUAUGGUUGGUUUUCUUUUGGAACUUAGCAGUACUGUGUAAAACAAUCCCAUUGUUUUGUCCUGGGAGUUUGGCUGCGCUCCUGGGGGAGAGAAUUACAGCUUCAAAGAAUGUGGCCUAUUGAUGCCUUAAUUGUUUAUUUUUAUUUUUUUGAGGGUUAUUGGAAAUGAAUGUGAAAAGGUUUUGCAGAAAUAAUGUUAGGUGGUCUACACACUUGCAUCCAGAUUUUUGAGUAAGUAAGGUAUUUUUCUGUGUAUUUUGCUCAACCAGCAAUUACUUGUCCAUGUUCGAUUUACUUCUCACCCUUCUCAGGCUUCUAGAAAAUUAACAUGUCAGCCCAGUGGAGGUAGACACCCCCCCCCCUCCCUUCUUCAAUCCAGAAGAAGUCUGUGCUAUCACUGAGGUUGUGACAGCAUCCAGAUGCUCCUGACAGUUCCUGGACUGCAUUGUUCUUGGAAACAUACAACCGUACGUGAAGGGCAGCUUUAUAGCCUUGUCAGGGGUGUAAGCCCAGACAAAAGGGCUCUGACCUUCUGGCUCCAGUGGUGAUGUGGAAACCAGCUGCAGUGCAGGGCCUGCGCUAUCUAUUUGUUUUGGAAAUGAUGAACCCUCAAACUCUUAACUUCUUUGGAAUUUGGAUAUUUUCUUCUUCUAGGUCAGAUAUUUUCUCCUCUGGUAAUUCACGUUCUUUCUUACACCCUGCUCCAUUUCUCAAUCCUGUUUUCUACCUGGGUGUUUGGCUGAAGGACUAAUAUAGUCAACUUUUAUAUAAUGCACAAACUGGAACAGGAGUCAUGGUUAACUCGGCUACUGGGCAGCAACUCUGGACUUGGCUCUGCAGGAGCCAUGGUGAGUCCCGUAGCAAGGUCAAAGCAUCUGUUCGGUGCCUUGCAGGUGGGAGAAGGCUCCCUUUGAGGAUCCUGCAGUGCAGGCUCAGCCCAAGGUGAUCUGGCACCACGAAGGACAACUGGUGCACGGCUGUUACAGGCCUCUUAUUAGACUGUGUGGGGCCAUAUUCUUCCUUUAAGUGGUGAUACUAAAGAUUCAGAAGGUUUGAGGUGGGGUAAAUGAAAAUCUCGAUUGUUUGACUUAGUUUUCUAAACUAUGAAAAGCAACACAGAGGUUGGCUUUUUGGGGGGAUCACACCCUCUGGAGGGGUUGAAAACCAUUCUCUGGCAGCAGUGUGAGCCCUGGGGUUUGCAGGGAGGCUGGCUGUGUCCUGGCCUCUCACCAGCUCGGCUUCAUCCUGGAAAAUAUCACAAAGUGCCUGUACCACUUGGCACCAGAUACCCAGCCCCAAGCUGCCUACGCCACUCUUGGGAGGUUUUUGGUGCUUUUUUUGACCACUUGGUUUCCUCUUUCAGCCUGGACUAAGAACACAGCUCUUGGGUGCUCCAGGGGCAGGUACCUGCAUGUCAGCUGUGCCUUACUGUGUGGUAAAUUUGCCAAAAAAAAAAUGUGAAGCAGCAGGGAUGCGCAGUGGCAGUGGCAUCAUGGAGCUUGGUACCUUCCACCCUUGGUGUCCCUGGGGUGGAGGGAGCUCUGCCUGCCUGAUGACAGAGCAGCUGUCCUUCCCCCGCUGUCCUCCCCUGCACGAUGAUACUGUAGAGCCCUCGUGUGUGACAAGCGAGCUACUCGCUGCUGUUGCAAAUAUUGUUGCACUGUGUUUGUCUGCUGAACGUGGGAGAGAUCCACGGCCCCAGUGAGGUGUGUCGGAAACAAGCAGCUCCCGUGUGGACGCCGAGAUAACGUGAGUUUUCCUGUUGCCUUUCACUGCGGAAAGACACCUCCCGGGAAGCUCUUGGGGCCAGAGGUCUUCUGGCACUUGCUGUUAUUUUUGGUCGCCAAAUUUCCGGUGCUGGGUUGGAACAGUUUGGAAUUAACUCCGAUUGCGUCCCGUUAAUCUCUUAGCGGGUCUGCUUUGAGAAGCACCAAGUUCUGUGACUUGCCUUUGGAGUCUUGUUUUUUACACUAAGGUCUGGCUUGUAGGAUGAGGUCUGAACCAUUGUAAUUAGCCUGUAACAUUACGAUUAGAGUGUACAGAAUUAUUUAUUUUGUGUACUCAGUCUGCUAAACAUGUAAAUGUAUUCUGUGUA